CACCGAGAAACUCCACGUUGUUUCUCAGCACCACCACCACCACUCUCCAAACACACACCCCCAAUUUUAUUAACGCUCUGGUGCUCACAACUUUUGCGAGUCUUCAUAUUCAGUGGGUUGUUUUUGGUGUGCCAAUGGGACCCAUUAGAGGGCUGAAGAGAAAGGAGAGAGCAGAGAAAGAUACCUCCAUUGAGGAGCUUGAAAGCAACAACGAUGGCCCUUGUCUUCCACCUCAACCUCAGUCUUUUGAUUGGUGGGACCAGUUCUCCAAGAGGCUUACUGGGUCAUUGUCUGAAUCAAAGGAUUCAGCAAAUUUUGAAUUAAUUUUCAAGAUAUCGAGAAAGACGUUUAAGUACAUUUGUUCACUUGUGAAGGAUGUUAUGAUGGCAAGGUUUUCAAGUUUCACUGAUAUUAACGGGCGAGUUUUAUGUCUUGAGGAUCAAGUAGCAGUUGCUUUGAGAAGGUUGAGUUCUGGUGAAUCAUUAUUAACUGUUGGUGAUUCCCUUCAGGUAAACAAAGCAAUUGUCCGUAAAAUAACUUGGAAGUUUGUGGAAGCUAUGGAAGAAAGUGGAAUCCACCAUAUCCAGUGGCCUUUUACAGAAACAAAGAUGACAACGGUUAAGUCAAAGUUUGAGAAAAUUCGAGGGCUCCCAAAUUGUUGUGGUGCCAUUGACACCACACACAUUAAAAUGUGUCUACCCAGUAGUAAGAAUAAAUCAAAUGUGGUCUGGUACGAUAAUGAGAAGAACCACAGUAUGAUCUUACAGGCAAUUGUGGACACUGAUAUGAGAUUCCUAGAUAUUGUUACUGGGUGGCCAGGAAGUUUAAGCGACUCUAUUGCUUUCAAAAGCUCAAGUUUCUUCAAACUUUGCAAUGAAGGAAAGAGACUAAAUGGGGAAACAGUGAAACUUUCAGAAGGAACAGAACUGAGAGAAUAUAUUGUAGGAGAUGCAGGAUUCCCCUUGUUACCAUGGCUCUUGACUCCUUACCGAGGAAGAAAUCUUUCUGAACAUAAGGCAAGCUUCAAUAGGAGGCACACUGCUACACAUUCGGUGGCACAAAAGGCAUUAUCACGGUUGAAGGAGACAUGGAAGAUCAUUGGCGGAGAGAUGUGGAGACCUGAUAAAGACAGGUUACCAAGAAUUAUUCUUGUUUGCUGCCUGCUGCAUAAUAUAACAAUCGAUUUGGAUGAUGAGGUGCAAAAAGAAAUUCUCUUCACUUAUGAAAAUGACUCCGAAUAUAGGCAGCAAAUUUGUGAUUCUGUUGAUAAGGCUGCAGCCGGAAUGAGAAGGAAGUUAUCUCUUUAUCUCUCUGGAAGGUUGCAACCAUGAUAGCAUGUCAUCUCUUUAGAAUUUCCAUCUUUGUUGAGUCACUAUCUAGGCCUGUUACUGUUUAAAUAUCUUAGGUCCCUUGCACAUGCCUUUUCUUUCUUCAUAUCAGUUUGAUUAUCUAUGAUGUGUUGUAGGACUAACAAUUUUAAUGUCUGUGUGUUAUCAAAGAGUCUCUUCAAAUAUUGGUAAAAAGGAUUUAUAUGAA